CAAAAUCCACAAUCCACAGCAGCAGCAAGGGAAGUCCAUUCUGCUGCUGGCAGAGUCUGGAAGAACAGGCCCAGGAUGUCCUUUCUGAAGGUGCUGCUGUGUGUCCUGCUCCUGGCCAGCCCCUUGCUGGGUGAAACUCCACCACCCAGCUGCAGUGGAGUUGUGGACUUUGGGGCCUGUCUGGGUAAUACAGAUGAAUUCUGUCCUGAAAAUAUUCCUUGUCUGUGUAAAAAUGAAGAACCUUUUUGCAGAUGUAAUUACUACAGAACAGGCUGGAUGGAGUACUGGUACAUGGGCCCCAAAUGUAACCACCUUUGGAACACUCUGGAUUUCAUUUUAGUGGCCACUCUUCCUGGAGUCACACUGGUUAUCAUUGUGGUUGUAAUAUUUUCUGCUGUCUGCUGCUUGAAAACAAAAAAAGUUGGGAAGCAGCCAAAGGCCCCAUCCAGUGGAGCACAGCAGAACCCUGCAUUCAGCACCGACACAGCUGCCAGCCCAGGGCAUGGGCACCAGCAGCCACCUGAGGAUGCCUGGGUUGGACAAAUUCCAAAAGUUGUACUGAAAAGAGAAGAUUUUAAUGAUGCCUCAAUCCCAAAUGAAAGGCAGGAUUACAGUCCCAUGUAUGAUCAGCCUCUAAGGACAGCAGAACCAGCAUCAGAUUAUUUCCCUCAGUCCCGAGCCCAGCGGGAGGAGUUUGACUAUCCCAGGAAGGAUUUGCCUUAUCCAGUUUAUCCAGAGGCCAGACAGUACCGGAGAUACUAAGAACAAGUGCAUCCUGUAUGAGAAAUGUCUUGGAAUGCUGUGUGAUCACUGGACAGUGCAGGUGCUGAGAGAGCAGUGAGACCCUGGUGGGACACAGAGGAACCUGCCAUCCUUAUUAGAGAGCACUAAGUUAUUGCAAAGAGAAAGCAUGGAGGAUAAUUGUGAAAGGAAACCUGGUGAAUCCCUGAUACUGCAGCACACAAGGCUUGGCCCUGGCAGUGUGGUACAAACACAGCCAGGGACUUGGCCUCUCUCUGCCCCAAGAUUUGCCAAAUACCCACAGACCCAUUCCCUUGUCCCUUGUCUUUUGUGCUUUGUCUUCCUUCUGUGUUGAUCCCAACAGCUGGAAUGGUUCCCUUUAAAACUGUCCUGCCUUGCUUUGUAACUUUUUUGUAAAUGAGGAAAAUAAAUGAAGCUGUGGAAGAUUGACUACCUUGCCACUAAGUAACAAAUAAAAGAGA